AUGCGUUACCGUGGAAGCUUUGUCCAAGUGGGUCCGAGGAUAUAUAUGUUUGGUGGGGAUCAGAAGAAUAUGGGGUUAAGCAUCGACUGCAGAUCUCACACGGUACAAACCCUCCCAGGCAUGCCUGUGCCCAUGUCUGAUACAAUCUUUGGCAUCAUUGAUAGGAGAAUCUACAUAAUUGGAUAUUGCCAUAAUGAUAGAUUGAGGAAGGUGAUGGUGGUGUUCAAUACAGAAACACAGAUGUGGGAGCCUGAGGUGAUAAAGUUAGACAAUGAGCUACGGAACACGUGGUUGUAUGGUUUUGCGGUGAUGGCUGAUAAGAUUUACAUGAGGGAUUAUCGUUACAGCAUUGUUUACGAGCCAAAGAAGAAUAAAUGGGAAACAGACGAGGUGCUGAAUUCUAAGGAGUGGAAGUAUGCGUGUGUAGGUGAUGACUUAUUGUACUACCACGAUCGGUACGAGAACGAGAUAAGAGCUUACGAUCCAAAGCAAAAGUGUUGGAGUGUGGUGAAAGGUUUUAUUCGACCUGUUAGGGUUCCGGAUCACAGUGGUGAUGAUCACAUGCUACUUCCGGUUAGUGCAGAUUCCCGGUUACCCACUGAUGUACGAACUAUCUACGAGGCUUUUGAUGCGGUCCCCGGUAGGCUCCCUUGCCUGGCUUUGGAGGACGGACUCCUACGAAGACUCCUUCAUACUCGCUUUCUCAAAUAA